GGCGGGAGUCACGCGCACGGUUGAACAUGGCGGUCCAGGAUCCAGCCACAGCAGAGAUCCGCGCCUGCUUUUCUCGCCGCCGCCCAGCGAGACGACGACGACCAGCUCUCAGCCGGCCGAGCCCGAAGGUUGCGUCUGGCGGAGGGGGAGCGUGAGCGAGGGCGAGAGGCGGUGGAAGAAAGAAGCGAGCGACGUGGCCCCCGGUGCGCCUGUCAUGUCCGUGUGGGAGCCAACUUGCCAGCAGCGGUCUAAAUUUGCCGAGGAGGGAAACGCAUACUGGCUGUCUCGCUGGAGAGGAGUAUUAUUAGCAGUUCUCUCUGGUCAUGCACAGCCAACUGCUACACUCAAGUGGACAGGUCAAGAGUAAAAUAAUAGAUUCGCGGAACUAAAUUGUGCACCGAGUUCGACACCAAAACCCUGGCUCCCAUGCUGGCUGUCACAAAUCCCCGCCUCUACACCCUCAGCCAUGCCUGCCACCACCAAAUCCACCAGGAGGAAAACGGGCCAGAAAACCGCAAGCACCAAACGGCAAAGCGGCAACUCAAUUAAAGCCAGAGGAAGAGUUUCAGAGCAGCUCCAAACCAGGUCCACCUCCAAGGCUCGGUCAAGCCGAAGUCCUCGGGGAAGAGCGGGUACUCGGGUUUUCGGUGAAGGAAGCGUGUCCACUUCUAGGGUUAACCAUGUCCUCGGUGUAACAGGAUCUGUGAGGCUUAGGCGUUUGAGCAAUGUGCCUGACCACUACGGAGAAUUAGAGGACCCCCUGUGGCGAAGAAAGUCCCCACGGGGUGUGAGGAUAUCAGCUGAUUCCUGCUUGCCUCCAAAACCAUGCAGAGGUACAAAAAAGACCAGGGGGACUCCUGGAAGAGGAGAUGCGUUGAAUCGCAGAAACCAACUCAACACCCAAAUAGACGAAAUAGCUUCUGAUGUCCAGAAACAGGAACCCGACAACGCUGAAGAACUUCAGCCCGUUUCUCUGAAAACUGAUUUUCAGGUCCCGGCAAAUAAAGGUGCUAAAGAGGGCAGCCCCCUUAAAGCGGAUUCUCCGCCACAUCGUGACACUUUGGAGGACUGCGUGGCGUGCAGCUGUGAUAGCGACGUAGCCGAGCAAGACCACCAGACAAGCGUUGAAGGUGAUGAAGGUGAGUCUGGGACCCAGAACGCUGACCUUCAACUGGAACCAAGCAAAGAUGAGCUAGGCGCUGAGCUAGGUGCUACUAAGGUCGACUCUCCUGAUUCGGAAAGACCGGAACCGGAAAAUAGCCAUGUCAAAGAUGAUGUUUUGGACUCGGGAUCGAAUAAGACUGACUCACCUGAGAAACAGGAAGUAUACCCGCAAAGAGUUGCAGAGAAAACACCUCCAAGAUCUGAUGAGGCUGAACAACCGGUUGAGGUGCUGGCUAACGACCAUGGUGACGCUCUCGCCGAUCCCGAUGUAUCCCACCAACGCAAGCUAGCCGUUGAACCUCUGGAAAAACAACACUCCACUGAAGGUCCACAGGAACAGUCACUCGAUACGGUGCUAACUGUCCCAAACACAGCUACCUCAAAUUCCACCAAAGUCCCAUCCACCUCAGUGGACCUUCAGGGUGAGAAAGACAUGCAAACUACCGUUCAUGGUGCUAAGUUUCCAGUCCCAGGACCUUCUAGUGUCCCAGAGACCAAUCAAGUGCGAAGUACACCGGUUAUUAUCUGCAGGAGUUUCUGGGAUCUGCAAUCGCACACCAAAGAUAGGCAGCCUUCUCCAGAACCACUAGAAACGGAGAACUCUUUGCCGUCGUGUGACCCGGUCCCCGAGGUGGAACCACCGCCAAAGAUCUCAACUCCAUCUCUGGACGGCAGCUCGGUGUUGUCCUGCAGCUCAGAGAGCACACGCUCCUCCUUCUCGUUUGAUACAGAAUCCGAGCUAGGAAACGGGGAAUCCUCGCUUCCGCCGCUGGGACUGUCGGGGUCCGAGUGCGGGCGCCUGUCCUCGCUGCUUAAGGAACAACGUAAGGAGAGGAGAAAGCGAAGCAGAUGUGGGAGGUGCGAGCCGUGCCUGAGGAAGAUCAGCUGCGGCCGAUGCAGCUGCUGCCUCAACCGCAGGACCGGCCACCAGAUCUGCAAGAUGAGGAAGUGUGUGGAACUGAAGAGGAGACGGACAUCGAGUCCGCUUGCGUUCCCUGCUGCACAGGUGGUUCCAGAAAGUCAGUCAUUCAAUGGCAAGGGGACGGCACCGAUGGAUGACACCCACAUUGCAGCAGAGGAGGAUGAGGAGGAGGAAGGCCGCAUACAAGAUACAAAAACUCCCCUCGUCGCCAACUCGCUUCGCCACAACUCGCCGUCGGAUCCCGGCGGAGGGCCUGCACUUAUUCAACGAGAGCUCGGCUUGCAGCUGAACAGCAUCGCACUUCAACAACAUGUACGCGCUUCUGUGAACUUCCACAACGGUUCCACGGAGAACCAGAGAAACCACAACGGUGCUAAUGUGGCGGACCCCGCGUCUGCGGGGGCCGUGAUGGCCUCACAGCCUCAACGGAGCAUCAUCGCAGCGAUGCCGUCUGAGAAUGGACCCAAGACUCCAACGCAUGACACGGUGAAGAGAAUCAAACUAGAAGAUCCGUGGAUGCGUGAUGAGGAACCAAGCACUGAGGUGGAUGAGGUCUGCGAAGACCCUCUCUCCACGUUGGCGGCGGUGGUGUGUCUCUCCGUCACGCAGAGGCGAGGACUAGAGGAGAAACUUUUCAGCUCACGUUCUUCUUCUGCUCUUCGAUGUAUCAAAACGGAACCGCCGGAUCUGCACUUAAUCAAGAAGAACUCCGAGGAUUUUCGGAGUGAUUUGCUGAAGACUCCACACACGAUCAAGAGCGAACCUGCGUCAAAUGACUUGUUACCCAGCGUUCAAUCUCUGGCAGAGAAGAGGAACCUCAGUUUUGACCAGGCUAUCGCCAUCGAGGCCUUAACUCAGCUGGCAGCUAUACCUCAACGCACACCGAUGUUCAUUAAAGCUGAAAGGAAGUGGGAACCUACCGCAAGCACGCAAGAACCCAAACCCUACAACAAAGUGUCGGUGAUCAGCUCGCCUAUUCACCAGGCGUCGGUAAUACACCCCCCUGUGGCCAGACAGGGGAACGUCAUCAAGCGUUGCCAGGGUUCAACCUCGGACGGUGAUGGAGAACCCUGCAGAAGAUCCUAUGGCUCCCAUAGUCACAUAGUCAUCAAGUCCGAAUACAACAGUGUCGUUCCCGGUGAAGAUCAUGAGCAACAAUUCUGGGAGAGACCAAAAGUGAGGAGGAACCGAGACGAGGAGGAAGUAGCGGCUCAACUAGCGGACUUAGCCUUCAUCAUCCAGUCCAGACAGCUCUCAGAGAGCAAUCAUCUGAGAGGGACCCCCGUGUCGGCUAUCAAAUAUAACUACAGUCAGAAGAAGACGCCAGUAAAGAAGACGAGAACAACUCCUUCAAAACCCAGGAAGAAAAAGAUAAACGAGGGACCACAUGACGGAGUCAACCGCCGGACCCCGCUUUCAAAAGGCAUCGCCAAUGGAGAUGCAUCACACAGAAGCAGAGCGAAGAAGACCCCCCUGCCUGGGAAGUCAGGUCUUCCCCAUCGGAGGAACCUGUUCCUGCCCCAGGCUCAAAUUGACCUGAAGAGGUACAUGGCUGAAGCUCAACAGGAAGCGAGGCAACUCACCCAGACCCUCCACUGCAGUCAUCUCGCAAGGACCAACCAAAUCCUGGAGAACCCGCUACUGUCUUAUCUUCACCAAUACAAUCCUGCAGCAGGAGGACCAGGACAGGGGUCCGAAAGGCAUUUGUUAACUCAGGUAGCUCAGCCCGGUGCUGAUUCCGAUCCCUCUCACCUCAGCCCUAGCGCCUACCCCGGUCUGGCUAACGGCCUUUCGGGGGCUCGGCAAUCUCCUCCACCGAGCCAGCAAAGCUACUACAAGCUGGAGAGGUCGGGACCCGUCACCGUCUUGUCUACGUCUACUGACGGAGGAGACGCGGGCCACUCUGCGGAGUCCACUCCAUCUAAGAACAGCGUCAACAGCUUUCUGGAGUCGCCCAUGACGUUUUUGGACACCCCGACCAAGAACCUGCUCAACACACCCUCCAAAAAACUGUCUGAUCUUCCUGGCUGUCAGUGCGUGGACCAAAUCGUUGAAAAGGAGGAAGGGCCUUACUAUACUCACCUAGGAGCAGGACCCAGCGUUGCUGCUGUGAGGGAACUGAUGGAAAACAGAUACGGCGCCAAAGGAAAUGCAGUGAGGUUGGAAGUUGUAGUUUACACUGGAAAAGAAGGAAAGAGCUCCCAGGGAUGUCCCAUAGCCAAAUGGGUGAUCCGACGUGGCAGCGAGGAAGAGAAGCUUCUGUGUUUAGUCCGGCAAAGGCCGGGGCACCACUGUGACACUGCCGUGUUGGUCAUCCUCAUCCUCGCCUGGGAGGGAAUCCCCCGGCCGGUGGCAGACCACCUCUACCAGGAGCUCACAGAGACCCUCUUUAAGUACGGCUCCCCCACCAGCAGACGCUGCGCCCUCAACGAAGAUCGCACGUGUGCGUGUCAGGGGUUGGACCCGGAUACCUGCGGGGCUUCGUUUUCUUUCGGCUGCUCGUGGAGUAUGUACUUUAACGGCUGUAAGUUCGCCCGCAGCAAAGUGCCACGCAAGUUCCGUCUCCUGGGAGACUACCGGGAAGAGGAGGAGAAGAUCGAGAAAAACCUUCAGGGUCUCGCCACUGACCUGGCACCACUCUAUCAGAGCCUGGCUCCUGAAGCCUUCCAGAACCAGGUGGAACAGGAGGACAAAGGCGAUUGCUGCCGGCUCGGAUGGCGGGAGGGACGUCCUUUUUCAGGAGUCACAGCCUGCGUGGACUUCUGUGCGCACGCUCACAAGGACAACCACAACAUGAACAAUGGCAGCACUGUGGUUUGCACUUUAACCAAGGAGGACAACCGUGCGGUUCGGAAUAUACCGGAAGAUGAACAGCUCCACGUACUUCCGCUGUACAAGAUCUCUGACAGGGAUGAGUUUGGCCAAGUUGAAGGACAGUGGGCCAAGAUCCGAACUGGUGCCCUUCAGGUUCUGUCAUCCUUUCCCAGAGAGGUGCGUCUCCUCGCCGAGCCAGUUAAAUCAGCACGCAAGAUGAGGCAAGAAGCUCGUCUCAAAGCCCAAGCUGAGAAACUGGAGAAGAAGCUCGGGUUGAGCCCUGGUACUCCUGCUAAAGUGAAGAGUGAAACCCCAACCAAAGGUGAGCAACACGCCCUUUACAACACUUACAAAGUAUCGCCUCGACCUGCCAGCGUUGGACGGUGCCAGCCCAGCACUUACAGUCAAAACACCAGCAACUACCACCAACAGGGGGAGCUCAUGUCCCCCAGCCCCCACGCUCUGCCGGGGGUCCACUACGGCCACAACGGUUCGGUUGUGGCAUACAAGGCGAUGAAUGAGGCAGUGAAUGGUUACCCCCCCGCAACCGGCGACAACAAGAACCCGUUCGGAUCGCCAUCAGAACGUAUACCUCCUCAUAAUUACCCCUGUACUCUGAAAACUGAGCCCGGCGAGGCGGCGUCUCCUCUACGGAGACCCUCCCCCAGCGGGAGCGCUCCUCCCCGCUCCUCCUUCUCCCCUCAACCUACCUCUGAGGGCCUCUUCAGCAGGCUCAACGGACUCCACAGGACGGCAGGGGACGUGGGCGCCCGGCUCCUGAGCCACGACUUCUCCUCCCUCGACAUGGACCCGGAGGAAGUGAAGCAGGAAGAGGUGUGGUCAGACAGCGAGCACAACUUCCUGGACCACGACAUAGGCGGUGUCGCGGUGGCGCCGUCGCACGGCUCCAUUCUCAUCGAGUGCGCACGGCGGGAGCUCCACGCCACGACGCCUAUACUCAAACCCGACCGCAGCCACCCCACGCGCAUCUCAUUGGUCUUCUACCAGCAUAAGUCCCUCAACGAGCCGGGUCACGGCAUGGCCAUGUGGGACGCCAAAAUGGCCAAGCGGGAGCGGGAAAGGGAGGAGGAGGUGGAGAGAUUGAGGAUGGAGGAAGCGGGAAACGGAAGCGCUGGUAGGGAUCCGGAGGAGGGAACAGGGGAGGAGGAAGCAUGGAAGGUGAUGAAUGUUCCCACGCGGCAAACAUGGACGCUCCCGAGGGACGGCGUCGUCACUGUGUCCCCGUACGCCCUCACGCACGUGACGGGUCCUUACAACAGCUGGACUUAACACACACACACACACACACACUGUGCUUAUUUAUGCCUUACCUCAAUCAACUUGAGACUGCUCGUCUUGGUUUUAGUUUUUUCUACCUGGUUCUCAUCGUGAUCUUCUUAUCUCUGUUGCUUUGGUCUUCCUCGUCCAUGAGCGACCAGGAAGACCAAAGUUCUUAUCUUUUUUUUUUUUUUUUACUGUGAGUUUCGGUGUUUUGUUUUGUUUGUCAAAGAGAUGGUGCUUUGAAGCAUUUUAAAGGUGUUUUUAAGGUUUUUUUUAAAAACUGGUUUUAUAUAUAUAUAUAUAUAAAUAUAUAUAUAUAUAUCUAUAUAUAUAUUCACGAUAAAGAACAAAAACAAUGUGAUUAUUUAUUUCAGAUCAGAGUGAUUUUUCUUUGUAAUUCCUGGUGUUCCAGCCUGUUUACUGCAAGAGUUCUAUGAUGGCGUACAUUAUGUGUUGGCGUGCAUCGCAAUUACUCGCUUUUUUUUUUUUUUUUUUCUGUUUUCUUCUCGCCGGUGCUGUUCUCACGCGGCUUGUGCAAAAUUCCAAAAAAUGAAUUGAGCAUGACUCUUGCACACAGGAAGUAGAAUUGCAUUGUUAAUUGAAUAAAGUAGAAUGGAAAUUACAAUGAAUAAGUUACAGUAAAGGGCUGCACGGUGGUCGAGUGGUUAGCGCGCAGACCUCACAGCUAGGAGACCAGGGUUCAAUUCCACCCUCGGCCAUCUCUGUGUGGAGUUUGCAUGUUCUCCCCGUGCAUGCGUGGGUUUUCUCCGGGUACUCCAGUUUCCUCCCACAUUCCAAAAACAUGCUAGGUUAAUUAGCGACUCCAAAUUUUCCAUAGGUAUGAAUGUGAGUGUGAAUGGUUGUUUGUCUAUAUGUGCUCUGUGAUUGGCUGGCCACCAGUCCAGGGUGUACCCCGCCUCUCACCCCGAAGACAGCUGUGAUAGGCUCCAGCACCCCCCGCGACCCUCGUGAGGAUAAGCGGUAGAAAAUGAAUGAAUUCUCCUCCUAUUUUGUGUGGAAGUGGUAACUUUUUGGCUUCUUAUUUUGUCUUUCCCCACCCUCUGCCAUCUCUGUGUGGAGUUUGCAUGUUCUCCCCGUGCAUGUGUGGGUUUUGUCCGGGUACUCCGGUUUCCUCCCACAUUCCAAAAACAUGCUAGGUUAAUUAGCCACUCCAAAUUGUCCGUAGGUAUGAAUGUGAGUGUGAAUGGUUGUUUGUCUAAAUGAUCUUGUCUGUGAUUGGCUGGCGACCAGUCCAGGGUGUAUCCCGCCUCUCGCCCAAAGACAGCUGGGAUAGGCUCCAGCACCCCUGCGACCCUCAUGAGGAAAAAGCGGUAGAAAAUGAAUGAAUGAAUGAGUACUUAAUUUGCUUUUUUUUAUCCAAGUUUUCCUAAUGAAUUUGAAUAUUAAAAAAAUAAUAGUCAAUCCGUCCAUCUUCUUCCACUUAGACAUAGACUCUCCAACGUGUCUAAGUGAGUACUUUAGCCAAAAUUUAGGAAUUUCUCUUGAGUUGCAAUUAAUUCCUGUAAUUCCAGUGCUUGGAAUGAAUUGACUCAAAUUCCAAAUUUGGAUUUUUGCACAAGUCUGAUUCUCACUGUAGCCUUUUCCCAUACGCUAUCAUACAAAUAUUUAGUGCAGAUGAUUUUGUGUAGCAUCAUGGCUUUCCGCAUCGGUGUCCGUUGAAUCCUAAUGGAAUUAUUCAUGUUUUCUUUUCUGGAAGUUUGCCAAGAAGCACUUUUUUUUGUUGAAUUUCCCUUGAGAAAUGUAUAUCACAGCUUUAUUUUACAGUAUUCCUGCAUUAUUUGAGUGGAAAAAAUAUGAUACAUAUUUAAGGAAAUUGACAUUAGCAUUAUGAUUUACUACAACAAUGAAGUGCUUAUCCUUUAGCGGGCACUUACUUGAUAUAUGUUCAUCUGCUGGAAAUGCAUUUUAUCAUGUUGUUCACUUGUGAUCAUAGGACUUACUAUACAUUUUAUCGGUGCUUGUAAGACCUCUAUUUGUUUUUUUUCUUCCACAAAGCACAAAGUGUUAUCUAUGCCAACACAUUUUUAUAAAAUUACAAAUAUGAUCAGCGUUUCUAACACAUAUUUUGCCUCUAAACCACUCCUCUCAGUCAUGCUCGUUCAGAGCUAUGGGGGGAUUUGAUUUGCAAUCGAACACAUCGUUCCUUUACACACCUUCCUCUUGGUGCUAACGCUACGACUCAGCCUAUGCUCAAAUGCGACGGUGCUCUUUAAGACCUUGAUGGGAGUCAAUGCAAAUAAAGUUGUAUGGACAUUUUCUUAAAAAUGGGCUGGCAACAGAUUGGAUUCAGUUUUAUUAUUUAGAUAUCAUCAGUUGCAAAUCAUAGUCCACUUUAAUGUCUUCCACAGCAGGAAAAAAUGACAAGAAAAGACACAAAGAAAUGAAUGUAAGCAUGGAAAACGCAACAAUAAUUAACACUUUUUUUUUUUUAAUUGUAUCAAGUCCACGUGGCAAAAGCGUAUAUAGAAAGUGUGUUUUGUACCAACCUGAAGCUAGCACCAGCAUUGCAAAAACCUGGAAAAAAAAAACAAAACUUUUUAACGCAUUCAAAUGUUGUGUAAAUAUGUAUGUGACCUAUAUGGUUUUUACUGUACUGUGUGUAGACAAUGGAGGCUCUUGUUUAUUUUGCAACGGAAUUACUGUACGUGGCAAAAAAAAAAAAAAAUUAUAUCCAUUUUAGACUUGAGAAGAGACUUACAUUUUGCAUUCCUUUUACGGAUGUCUGAUCUCUUUUGGGAUUGUGAAAUAAAGUCAUAUUUAUAUUUUGGACACAAUUGAUUUUUUUUUUACUCUUUUGUUUUGCGGUGAAGCAAAUUGAUUGAUUUGUAGUUUCGACACAGGGGUGUCCAUGGUAAAUGAAAAAUUUACAUUAUUUGUUUUGUCAGAUAUAACACAAAGCAAAUAUGUUUUGUUAGCUUAGCAUAUAUUGACCCACCAUGGACUGCUUUUGGCAUCUUUAAUACAUAAAACAUAUUAAAGUGGCACCAGU